GGCGUUUCAAAAAUCUUCCCACUCGUUUUCAGACCCCGAAACGCCGGCUUCGUAUGGAUGAGAGGCUGAUUUGGUGAAAAAUUUGAGCGUUUAGGCCAGGGUUUGACUUCGUGUGGACGGGGCCUUAUAUUAGGUCUAUGGCUAUCAGAUAGAUAGCAUCUAGCACCAUUAGCUUUCCUUGUUUGUGGAGUCAUUGUAGAGAGCCUGCUAAUCUGUGGGCUGAAUCUGUGAGAGUUUGCUGCGAGAUUAUCUUCAAUCCAGCUUCAAGGAGAAGGGAAGAUAGAUGGAUGAUCAGUACAGACUGCUGGAUUUCACCAGGAUCCCUCGGAUCAUCUUACAUCGGAUAGACCGCCUACAUAACUAUGUUGGGAAAGAGGAGGUUUUCCCUGAGCAGCAGCUCUGGGAACAAGGGAGGAAUUCCAGUUUGGAACAAGAGGAACCACAAACUUUGCAGAUAAAAGAAGAGCAGCAAAAGCCAGAACAUCCCUGGACAAAAGAUGAAACCAUGGAGUUCCCCAUAAGUGAGCAUGAAGAGCAGCUUGGUCUGAAGCAGGAGACCGGACAUAUGGGAGAGGAACCACUCCCCUGUUUGACAUGUGGAGAAAGAUUUCUAAAAAAAGAACAUUUAAUAGAUCACAUGAAAACUCACGCAGGUCAGAAGAUUUAUGAAUGUCUGUCGUGUGGAAAAAGCUUCAGAGAUAAAAGCACUCUAAAUAAACAUAUCAGAGUUCACACAAAUAAGAAGCUGUUCUCCUGUACAAUUUGUGGCAAAGGUUUUGGUCAAAAAAGUGAUUUAGCUAGACAUACGACAACUCACUCAGAUGAAAGACCUUUUUCUUGUAAGACCUGUGGGAAAAUGUUCAAAAGAAGAGAUUUGGGGAUUAAACACAUGAAAACUCACACGGUGGGGAAGAUUUAUGAAUGUCUGUCCUGUGGAAAAAGCUUCCCUAAGAAAUCUCACCUUGAUGUACACAUGAGAGUUCACACAUGUGAGAAGCCCUUCUCCUGUAUGAGCUGUGGCAAAAGUUUUACAGAAAAGGGUAAUUUGACAAGUCACAUCAGAAUUCACACAAGUGAAAAGCCUUUUACAUGUAUGUCCUGUGGGAAAAGCUUCACCUUUAAAUCUGUUCUCAAUCGACACAUGAGAACCCACACAGGUGAGAAGCCAUUCUCCUGUACGCUUUGUGGCAAAAGUUUUACACAACAUUGUAAUUUGGUUUGUCACAUGACCAUUCAUUCAGAUGAAGGACCUUAUUCUUGUAAGACUUGUGGAAAAAUGUUCAAAAGAAGUGAUUCAGUGUAUGAACAUAUGAGAACUCAUACAGGGAAGAUUUAUGAAUGUCUGUCCUGUGAAAAAAGCUUCACCUUCCAAUCUGCUCUUAAUCGACACAUCAGAGUUCACACCAGUGAGAAACCUUUUGAAUGUCUGUCCUGUGGAAAAACCUUUAGAUUUAAAUGUAAUCUUAAUGAACACAUCAGAAUUCACACAGGUGAGAAGCCCUUCUCCUGUAUGAUCUGUGCCAAAGGUUUUACUAAAAAACAUAAUUUGACAAGACACAUGGCGACUCAUGAAAAAAAUGUUUUUCAACCAUGACGUUAGAGUAAUGAUCUUAAAAAUAACUAUUUACAUGGAGAAGCAGCAUUUAGUUCCUAUGCUCCACUUAUCUGGAACAAACUUCCAGAAAACUGUAAAAGUGUGGAAAGCCUGAGUUCCUUUAAAUCAAGACUAAAA